CAUUCGACACACUGCUUGUGUUGAUCACCAACCCAGCAUUCCCAGACCACGCAAUGAUUAAACUAGAGCAUGAUUUGGAAUCAACUCAGUUUUAACGGAAACACUGCAACGGUAGACAAUAUCGUCAUCUGAUUUUCGGUUUUCCUUCAAUUUUCAAAAAUUGUUCCAUUGCGUCCAAGAUGUUCCUUGUCGCCGUUGCUUUGCCGGUGCUCGCCACCGUUCUCUCCGCUUGGCAGGUGAGCGCCAACGAGGACUGCCUGUGGUAUGUGGACAAGAAUGGCACCUGGCACAAUGGCUUUGACUGCCCCCUCAUCACCUUCUGCUGUGGGAACUGCCACCGCCGCUACUGCUGCCUGGACGGCUUCAAGAUGAUCACCGAGAGGGAGCAGAAACGCUGCAUGCUGUUCCAGUUCAGCCCCACCACCAUAGCUGGCAUCGCCUCCUCCAUCUUGCUGUUUGUCGCCAUCAUCGCCACCAUGGUGUGCUGCUUCAUGUGCUCCUGCUGCUACCUGUACCAGCGCAGACUGCGGGGCAGGACCUCCUAUGAAGAAACACAGGAAGCCCAACAGAUUCCAAUGGCCAGCUACCCAGUGGACCCCAUGUAUGAUGCUUAUGGCAAACCGAUUGGACAGCCUGAUUACCAGGCCCCUGGCUACCCAAUGGCACCACAGUACAACCCUGGGAUGCCCCAGCAGUAUCCCAUGAUGCAUCAGGGCCCUUACCCUCCUUAUCCACCUGCAGACCCUGGCUAUGGCCAGGCAGCACCCCCACCAUACUCCCCACCGCAAUACCCUGGCCACUGACUGGAUAGGGGUGCCUUGGAGGGGAAAGGGGAAGAGAGAGAGAGUGCAUAAGAGAGGCCACCAUGUAUGAGCGAGGACUCGUACCUUCCACCGCUGCUCUGCCUCAUUGUCUGUUUGGAAACAAAAAGUACUAACUCUUGCCCCUUUGUGGUAUUUUUUUUUGCGAUGGAGCAUGAUCUGGAGUUGGGGUUUCUGUUGUCCUGGACCCAAUUCCUGCUGAUGGUAACAUAAAGACGUCAGCUUUCUUGCAGUGGCCAUUCCCCAGUGAGCAGGGAGGCUGGUCUGUUAUGACAGGCUCUCCUCAUGAGCAUGUUGGCCGGACAUGCACGCACACACCGACUCAUACGACGCUGCCGUUGCGUUUCUUGUUUUUUUUUCUUGCUUAGCUUUCUUCCUGUAAUAUAUUUGCAUUCACAUCUUUGAAAGCCCCUGUUUUCAUGUGACAGUUUAAAAAUUUAAUAUUUAAAAUACUUCUGAGUGCCAGUGGAGUUGUUUUCCAUGCGACAGGAGCCCAAAGGUUAAAGUAUUGGUGGACACUUCAGAGUGAUGGGUGCCUUUGGAUAUCUCUUUCUGCUACUUUACAAAUUGUGGUGAUUUAUGUGACAAUUCUCUGUCUUCCUCCCUGUCUCUCUCUCUCUCUCUCUCUCUCUCUUUCUUUGUCUAUAGUUUCAAAUUGUCUUCCAUAAUUGAAACUAAUAUUAACAGUGGUUAACACCUGAUGCCAAAAAGUGACUGUGUAGUACAGAGACUGUACAGAGAGAAUAAUUUGAAACUGGAAUAUAUAAUAUAAACUGUUAUUUACCAAAUUAGUUUGUAUUAAUUGGAAUAUGAACUUUCAUGUGCAGUUUAACACUGCUAGUAUAUACAAGUUUUAUUCUCUGUUGGUAAUCAGACUCCAUGUGGUCUGAAAGUGUUCAGUGAUUCUGUAUGUCACCAGAAACUUGGAUAUUGACAGGAGCUGACUGAUGCAGAAAAAUUCAGUAUUCGCAUUUGUAUCUUCAGCAGGUGUUUGAAUCUUAAAUGUACAUCCCAGCCGAGAUGAAUCUGAAAUGUAAAAAAAAGGAUCAUUUGGGUGGUGACAUCAUAAUGCAAAAUUGUGUAUCUCUGCACCAUACAGGAGCUUUCUGUGGAACUUUGUAUUUAUACUGAAAUUGUUUUAAGGGUUCACUUUUGUCUCCCUGUAUUUUUAGCUGUUGAUUUUUGUUCUUUUAACUUUUAAUAGGUGGUGCAUGAGAGGGUUAAAAUAAAAUUGUGUGUGUGCGUGUGUGCGUGUGUUCACAUUCUAAGGUGUCCAAGUUUUGUACUGUAUAAGUUCUUUAUAUUGUUUAGAGCCCAGUGUCAUAAUCCCAGUCGCUGGCUGCACUUACUUGAAGUCUGCCCCUAGAUUGAAUGGAAGCUAAAGAACUCUGUGACAUGCAUGAGGCAGAGGAUAUAUAUUAAAAAUGAGAUUCAAAGAUAGCGACAGGUAAAACAAUCAUCCUGCAUCUCUGAUACAUCACACUGCAAACUGCAAUCUGUAUGAUUGCCUAAUCCUCACUUAGCAAUAAGUGAUAAUGAAUCAGCCCAUUUUGUACAAGAGUCAAGAGACUGAUCCUCAUACUGCCCCCAUCAUUGAAGACUUACCCUGUCCUCAGCUUACAUGGCUGAACAUUGGAAAUGUUAAUGUUUGCUUUGAUAAGUAAAAGUCCCCUAUUCCAUAAUACAUAAACUGAUUGAGAAUCUGUGGACAUGGGCCCUGCAUCCUUGGAGUUGUAUCUGUUCUAGAUAUAGAAGAGUAUCCUGUAUUAUUGUUUUGAUUUAAUUGUUUAAUGAAUUCUAUGACAGUUUUAAUAAACCUGCUGGUUUUUUCUAAUGCAUCAGUAAUGACUUGGAAAUGUAAGCCACUGUGUAUAGUGUUUCUAUACAAUUACAUGCCAGUGACAUUCUUCCUUUCACUGGCUUAAUGGACCCUUUGGUUUUGAAACUGAAGACUUUUAAUAACUGCCACCUGUCCCUGGGUUUGGGGAAACCUGGUGCUUUCCCCAUAGGAAUGCAGUAUUGUCUCACUUAUAAAUCCCUCUCCUUGCUAUGCUCCACAGAGUUGGCCUAUAACAUGACAUGA